UUGGCCUGAUGAAGUCUAACGUAUCAAGCCUAUUGCUGCUUUGUUCUAGUCCGUUUCAGUGGUCAAGAUACUUUCCUACAUGCAGUCGUUGAAACUCAUCUCUAUCACAUUGAACGCUGUUUGGACUUUGUUUAAUAUACGAGGAAAACUGUUUACAAAAACAUGAGGAGUCAAAUAGCGGACGACGCGUCGCAGUGUCCUCCUUUACCCAGCUGGUAACUGACUUUGCUGCAAAAUCUGCUUAUGAUUCAUUUCUUGCGAGCAAAAAAGGAGCUGUCGGUUGUUCUAACGCUUUCAUGCAUUGGGGAAAUUAAAGACCCAUGGCAAAGUGGUUUAGAAAUCAGCUCAGUUUUGGCAGCAGGAAAGGACCACCGCAGCCCCCGAAACCAGAUUACACCGAGAGUGAGAUCCUACGGGCUUACCGGCUUCAGAAAGAGCUGGACUUUGAGGAUCCGUACGAACCCUUGGAGAACCGGGUGCACAGAAGGUCGGGCUCUUUGGAGGUGUUCCCCUCUUUUGGUACAGUGCUGUCCAACGGCGUGGAGGUGAAGAUCGUGUCUCCCAAACACAGACUGAUAAAAGUGGAAUCUCAGGAAUUCGGGCGUAGCAAGAUCCCAUUUAACAUCGUGACCUUGGAGGAACCGCAGGAUCCUGUGGUUCCCUCGGCUCCUGCGGUUGGCGAAUCAGAUUACUCUGACCCUUUUGACGCCCGGCCGGACCCGCGGCCCCGACCCGACUGGGUAAAUGAAACUGUAGAAACCUGCAGCAGUUACAUGGAGCCGUUCGAAGCCCAACGAUUUAUAAACGAGCUGCAGCACGGCACAGACUGGGACAGAAGGAGCCCGCAGCUUUACGACAGCCCAUAUGAAGAGAGAAGCCGACCCCGGGGGUCCCCCGCAGAGGACGAGAGGGAGAGCCGUCUGCCCCAAGAUGAUGAGAGACCCGCAGAUGAGUACGACCAGCCCUGGGAGUGGAAGAAGGAGAACAUCUCUAAAGCCUUCGCCGUGACGUUCGAUGCGAGAGACUGGGAUCAACCCACACUGCCCCGCAACGAGUUGCAGUGGGCCGCAGGAGCAUCCAGAUCCUGUGGACCCGCCAGCCUACAGAAACCAAACAGCCCUCAGGGUAUCCUGGGUGAGAGGGUUGACCCCGCACUGCCCCUGGAGAAACAGGUUUGGUACCACGGUGCACUGACACGCUCGGAAGCCGAAUCUCUGCUCACGCUGUGUAAAGAAUGCAGUUAUCUGGUGAGAAAGAGCCAGACGGGAUGCAACGACUACUCACUAUCUCUCAGAAGCUGUCAUGGGUUCAUGCACAUGAAGUUCUCACAGUCUCGUGAAGGGAAGUUCAUCCUAGGCGAGAACAGUCCUCCGUUCGACUCCAUCUCUGAAGUUAUCCAUUACUACACCACACAAAAGCUGCCCAUCCGUGGAGCCGAGCAUCUGUCCCUGCUGUUUCCAGUGCUGGUGCAGACGCUCUGAGGACACAAACACGCUUGAUCACACACAUUCAAACUCGCUCAGGAAUUGAUACACCGUUGUUAUUAUAGAGCUUAGUUUUCAAUUUGAUUAGUCUUGAUGAGGAUUAGUUUUGUGUUUUGAGUGUUAGAUUGAAUCUAAAUUUGGUGUGAAUGAGCACACAGUCAGUCUGAAGUUGACUUAACUGAAAUUUAUUUUCAGCACUGCACCGCUGGAGUAACACUGAGAACUGCAGUAUUAUACUCUGUCCGUCUGUUCCAAAGCUUCAACGACUAGAUUUAAAGGAACAGUUCAUCCAAAAAAGAAAAUGAAGAUGUUAUUUACCUUCAUGUUAUUUUGGAUCUGAAUGCUAGAAUGGGAAACUUUUGGCCUUUUUUUCCCUGUAUUGCAUUGCGAUUUCCUACAACGAAGUGACUGCAAGUGUCAAGUUCAUAAAAGUAUUAACAAAAACAUGGAAGUAUUUCCUGCCUUAUAAUGCAAUACAAACUGAAAAGUCUUUUAAUGCAUCUUAAUGUGAUGGCAAAAUGGCUAUUCAGUAUUUUUAUCUUUUUUACGGUAAUCAUUUGAAUUGACACAGGAGUGAUUAAACACUACUUUUUUUUUCAUUUUUGCGGUGAACUACUCAUUUGAGAUCUGAUUAAAUGUAGGCCAACCAAAGUGUUUAAAGAAUUUAUUCAUGGAAGAGUAGCGAGAAAGUAGAGAUUGUUUCACUGGCUGGAAAAAGUGUUUAAGUUUUUAGUUUAGGAACCCAUGAACCCAGCCCUUAACAUCCCAACGCCAAAAUGAUCUGACACAUAUUACAUUAAGGAAUGUUCAGAAUGUGACUUUCCACUCACCGGAUGUCCCUGUGUGCACAAAUCUCUGUUAACAAAUCCCGUGCUGCAGGAACAGGAAGUGAUGAGCGUCUUCUCCAGACCAGUGCUUGACAGGAAGUGACAUCACUUAGUGCAGCUGUCACAAUGCUGCCCAUUAUUCCGCACUACCAGCAAGCCGUCGGGUGGUUUCUGAGGACGUUUAAGCUAUACUUGGGAGACGUCCUGACAAAAACCGUCUCUGCUAAGUUUAGUUAAUCUUAUCCCGGGUUCAUUUGAGAAUCUAAAGCCGCGUAACAUAUCAGUCUGUUGAUGGCUGUAUUUUUGUAGAAGUAAAUAAAACACUAGUAUUUUCUUCUUAACAUGGUAAACCUCAUGAUAUUGUGAAUUCGAGGAAAAGCUUUAAUAUUGACAAGUAGAAAGCCGAAAGGGAUUUUGUGGUGGGUUUAUCUGAUGGGAACACACACACACACACACUGCUGUAGUUCUGCACAGGGUAUCUAGUCUUAUAGAGAUCCACAUUGUAUCUAUUGUUUGUUAUGAUGACUGUCAUUGUAGUGACUUCUUUCUAUUUGCUGUUUUACAGCGUUUUAUUUCUUUGGAAUAAAAUAUGAGUCUUCUAAAAAAUGUAA